CGGGGGCAACAGAAAGAGUCGUGCAUCACUGGAUCGACCGAGAGACCAUGAAAAUACAAGACACGAUGACUUCCACAAUCAUGACAAGUUCCAUAGUUAAGGCCAAAAAGCAACCUCCGGACAAAACUUCAGUUACAAGAGGAAAAAAAAAACCCUUUUUUUAGAAGCAUCCCUCCUCUCUUCACAUGCAUAUGUAAUGGAUUGGUCCUAUCCAGAAGCGCUCCACUUAAAGAAGAAAAAUCAAGAAAAUAAACACAAACAAUACUAAGUACCCAAGCAGGAUUGAAAAAACUUCUUCUCUAUCGAACCCUAAUUUGUUGAAAUACCAUAAAACAAUAGACAUUUACGACCUCACUCGGAGGAGAAAUGAACUUCAUUCGGGGUAGAAGUCAUUUUUACAUACCAGGACAGGGUGGCCAUAAAAAUCAGCAAGGGACGAGGGAACCACUAGCUUACUGUUCAUACAAAGUUCAUUUUGAAGUAACUUAAUCACAAUAAAUAAAAAAGAAGAAGGUUUUAACUUCCCAAAAAAUUAAAAAAAAAACUAACCAAAUAAAUAUAAUUUAGGGCUUUGAGGACUUAAAAUCUUUGUUGAGUCAUUCCCAAACCAAACAACGCAAUAGAUUAGCUGAGUAUGAGCAAAACAACAAGGGGAUCCAGACAAAUAAACAGCAAUAGAAAUAACCAAAUAUUAAAAGAAUAAAAUAACGGGCAUAUAACUCUCACGGGUCACGACUCGCUGCCCAUCUUAAUUAUCGUCACCUUGUUCUUUGUUUUGUCCUUGUGACCCACUCCCUUUGUUUAAAUCUAAAACACCCAAGAAAAAUAAUUUCUCAUCUGUUUCCCACAACAAUCUCCAAUUAAUUUUCUCUCUCUCUCUCUGAUCCUCCUUGAAAAUGUAUAAUGGUAAUCAAGAUCGCGAUGACAUGCCAAUGCCCCCAGGACCAAUGUCAGAUGGAAACAUGAACAUGAGCAUGAGCUCAAUGGACAUGGUGAUGCACAUGAGCUUCUACUGGGGGAAACAUGCUAUAGUCUUAUUCUCCGGAUGGCCAAAAGACAGCCUUGGAAUGUAUAUGUUGGCUUUGGCGUUUGUGUUUUUGCUAGCUGUUGCUGUUGAGGUUUUGUCAGUCUCUCCAAAACCAAAACAGGGCUCCAAUGCAAUGUUGGGUGCCUGUUUCGAAGCUGCUGUUUAUGCUGCUCGUAUGGGAUUGGCUUACAUGGUUAUGCUUGCUGUUAUGUCUUUCAAUCUGGGUAUCUUUAUAGCUGCGGUGGCUGGCCAUGCCAUCGGCUUAUUUUUCGUCAAAGUUCGGGCUCUUGCCGCCGCUAACCGAGGGGAUACAAGCAGUAACUCUCUUUUUCCUAAAGUUUGAAUUUCUUUUUCUUUUUUUUUUUUUGGUUUUUCAAUCAAGAUGUCCUCUUAGUUCUAUGCUUUUGAUGUCUUCUUUUAUUUUGGUCCUAUCUUCAUGUGUAUUUUGAAUUUCUUUUAAAAAAAUUUCGAAUUCAAAUU